CACACACACUGGAUCUGUACGAGUGUGUAUGAGUGUGUAUCGUGGAGCUCUCAGCUGAUUUGUCUCCAGCAUCUCUGCAGUACCGUGGAUCACUAGAACAACCUCAGAAGAUAAAGAAGGUUCCGCCCCCUCUCAGGACAUGCCCCGCCCACACCCAAGAGAGGCCACGCCCCAAAGCACAGAAACCCGACGUGCCUCCUAAGCCCGUGCACCUGCUGUGUGGAGCUGGUGUUCCUGUUCCCCGUACGCCUGCCCGAGCUGGAGACCCAUCUGCUGGGCUCGUCCACAGCCUCCACUGCUCCCGGUUUCUCCAUCAGUGGCUCAUGAUGGAUUCUCCAGAUAUUCUUCAUUCGGAUACUCAGGACUCGCUCUCAGACAGACUCUCCUGUACACCGGCAGAGAUUUCAGGACUGUCAGACGCCGUGGAGAGCAGCGAACACACACAUAAGAGCAGCGAACACACACAUAAGAGCAGCGAACACACACAUAAGAGCAGCGAACACACACAUAAGAGCAGCGAACACACACAUAAGAGCAGCGAACACACACAUGAGAGCAGCGAACACACACGCAUGCAGCCGGACGUCCCGCCGGAGGCUGGCGGAGAGACCAGCGGGAAGAUUCCCAACCGUGACAGCGGGAUUGACAGUCCGUCCUGCGGUGGAGAGGGAGAGUGUUUCCCCAAUGAGGAGCACAAGCAAGAAUACACACAUGAGGAGGACAAACGGGAAUACACACAUGAGGAGGACAAACGGGAAUACACACACGAGGAGGACAGCGAUCUGGAGGUAGAAGAAGAGCAGGAGGAAGAGGAGGAGGACCAGAACACAGAGAUCAAGGCUUUGGUGUGUGACCCUCAGAAGCUGCUGAACAUCGCUAAAGAGCUGCUGCAGACAGAAGAGGCCUACGUGAAGAGACUGAACCUGCUGGACCAGGUGUUCUGUGCGCGUCUGACGGAGGCUGGUAUCCCCACUGAUGUGAUCACUGGAAUCUUCUCCAACAUCUCCUGCAUCCACCGCUUUCACCAGCAGUUCCUGCUUCCUGAGCUACACACACGCAUCACACAGGAGUGGAGCUGUAACCCGCGCAUCGGGGACGUCCUGCAGAAGCUGGCUCCGUUCCUGAAGAUGUACGGCGAGUACGUGAAGAACUUCGACCGGGCGAUGGAGCUGGUCAGCCUGUGGACGCAGCGCUCCGGACCAUUCAAGAGCACCGUGCAGAGCAUACAGAAGCAGGAGGUGUGUGGGAACCUGACGCUGCAGCACCACAUGCUGGAGCCGGUGCAGAGGAUCCCGCGGUACGAGCUGCUGCUGAAGGACUACCUGAAGAAACUGCCGGAGGGAGCAGCAGACCACCGAGACGCUCAGAAUGCUCUAGAGCUGAUCUCCACCGCUGCCAAUCACUCCAAUGCUGCCAUCAGGAAGAUGGAGAAGAUGCACAAGCUGCUGGAGGUGUAUGAGCGUUUGGGUGGAGAGGAGGACAUCGUCAAUCCUGCUAACGAGCUCAUUAAAGAAGGACACAUCAAGAAGAUGUCGGCCAAAAACGGCAGCGCUCAGGACCGAUACCUCUAUCUGUUCAACAACAUGGUGCUGUACUGCGUGCCGAAGCUGAGGCUGAUGGGGCAGAAGUUCAGCGUCAGAGAGCGAAUCGACAUCGCUGGCAUGGAGGUUCAUGAAAAUGUGAAGCAGAACGUCCCGCACACCUUCACCAUCACCGGGAAACAGCGCUCGCUGGAGCUGCAGGCCAGGACGGCUGAAGAGAAGGAGGACUGGAUCAAAGUGAUUCUGGGCACCAUAGAGAAGCACAAGCAGAACAGCGAGACCUUCAAGGCCUUCAACAGCUCCUUCAGCCGAGAAGACGAACACACACCUGACGCUCCCCUGGGUCCCUGCAGCAACACCAGCAUAUGUGAGACAGACGGAGCUCAGCAUGAGAGGAAGAGCUCUAAGAAGCGUGAGAAGGAGAGAGAGACGUGUAAAGGCUGCAGCGAGGCCUUCAAUUUCACCAAACGCAAACACCACUGCAAGAGCUGCGGCGCGGCUGUCUGUGGGAAGUGUCUGAAGGUGUGUGACAGCAGGAACAUCCGCAUGUGUAAACCCUGUGCUGAAGCUGACGGAGCAGCAGGAGGCGCCACUGAGCACAAGAAAAGGGUCGAGAAGCAGCUGUCAGUUAGUCAACUAUCGUCCUCUCAGCGGUCUGGAAAAAGUGAAGAGGUUGAGCAGGAGCAGAUCCUCCAUCAUUGACCAACACACGGGGUCUGUGUGUUCAUGAUCUUCAUCAGUCAGGAUUCUCAGCCAGCAGCCGAUUGGAUUUCGUUCCUGUCACAUGCUGUAAGGGGAGGAGCCUACAAGGUGUCAGCAACAGCAAAAGCCAAUAGGAUGCUUCCCCUGGCCUCUGGCCCCGCCCCUUUGAUAAGAAACUCCUGUUACUUGAAUCACUUUACCCUCAGCACUUUCACUCUCUCUGUUGAUGAUCGGUUCACUGCUUGCUUACACACGUGAUGAACUCUGCGCUCACACACACACACACACAUACACACAUAGACAUACAGAGACAGAUAUACACACACACAUACAUACAGAUAGAGACAUACAAUCACACACAAACAAUUACACACAGGCCAUACAUGCAUAUACACACAGUCAUACACACGUACACACAGACUCGCACAAUCACACACACAUACACACAGACACACACUCACACACACUUGCAUACACACACAGAAAGACUCACACAAUCACGCACACACAAACACACAGAAAGACUUAUACACAAACACACACAGACGCACACACUCUCACACACACACACACACUUGCAUACACACACAGAAAGACUCACACCCACACACACACACACACACAUACACAGACUUGCUCACACAUGCACACACACACACACUCAGGCACACUCACUCACACAAACACACACACAUGCAUAGAUACAUACAGACUCACACACACUCACACACACACACACACAAAUAUAAUCACAGACAUAAACACACACAUACACACACAAACACAAUCAAGACACACAAUCACACUCACAUACAAAAACAAUCACAGAGACACAAACACACACAAAGACUCACACAAUCACACACACAAAAACAAUCAGACACACACACACACACACACACACACACUGGAUGCUGAAGUGAAUGUUAAUGAGGGCUCAUCAUGAAUGUUUGUUUGUGUCGGUGGUCUUUCAGGUGUGUUAUAAUCAGCUGAAUUAAGCAUUAAGUCUCAGUCCUGUCACACACACACACACACACACACACACACACACACACACACACACACACACCUUCAUGCACUGAUGGAUCUCUCACCAACUCAUAUUUCAGCUCAGAAUGAAAGCUUUUGCUUCAGAAAGCUGGUUGUGGUGCCAUUGUGAGUCUCUUGUUUAAACUCUCAUGGCCAAACUGAAGAAGACGUGUUGUGUGUGUUGUGUUGUGUUGUGUGUGUUUACACCGCAGUAGCAUUAGACGUGCCGCUUUAAUGUCAUUAAUGUAUAAUCAGAGCAUAUCUACAGUAAACCUCAGUGAGAGGAGGAUUCUCACAGCUCAGUGCGGACACAGCAAUACUGUCACACAGUCUCUUAAAGGCACAGUACACCCCAGAAUAUCAUCAGAAACACAAGUCAUGACAUUCUGUAGAUAAAAACAGCCAUUAAUAAACAGAAAUAUUAUAGAAGUCACGUUUUAUAUCAGUAUAUCUUCAUUACAUUUGAUACAAGUGUGUAAAUGAUGACUUAUGAUGAUUGUUUUGGGUGUACUGUCUCUUUAAGAGCCACAGAUUUCUGCUUAAUUUAUGCAAUAAUUGUCCUCCUCUGAAGAGAAUCACUGUUGUUUUCUCAGGAUCGACUCUUCAGGUGUGUGUGUGUGUGUGUGAGGUGUUUGUUUUGAGGACUGUACAGUGUGUAUGUAUGUGUGAGGAUCAUUAUGUUCAGUGUUUUAGGAUGAUGGAGAGCUGUGGCGGGCCACUCAGCAGCACACACACACACGACUGCUGGAUAUCUGAGAGAAAGCUGUGGCAUCAUAAGACUCUUCAGAGAAGAUGAUGCUCUCUUCUCUCAGUCUGGAGGAGGAUUGUGCUCCAUGUUAUGUAAAUCUUGCAUUUGCUUGGCUUUUAUGAUCUCUGAAAGCUUUGAAUCAGUAUUAUUGAAAGCAUUUUAUGUGUACAAAGUCUGUCUUACGGCAUAUCAGUCGAUUAAAGAGUGUCUGGUCA